AUGAGAACCUUUUCGUCACACACACUGUCCGCCGCCGCAUGCCAAGCAAGACGUGCAUCCUACAUCACCACUAGCAUUGCUGGACGCUUCGUCAAUCCAGCAAAACUCGAAAGCUUUCUCGACGAGAGAUUCAAUGACAACUAUACUGUCGAGAUGAGCCGCAACAUCUACCAGGUAACAGCGCCGCAUCCCCUGACGCCUGCGGACAUCAGAAUGCUCUCUUAA